GAGUGGUGGUGGUGUUGGUGUUGGUGUUGGUGGUGGUGGUGAUAGUGGUGCAGCAAAUGAUAUCAUCGCCCUUCACCUCAAGAGGGAAAGCUCGAAACCAGAAGCCAACCCUAUCCCUCCCUUUUCUCUUCUUUCUUUCUUUCUUUCUUUCUUUUUCUCUCUAAAAUAAUAAAAAAGAAAGCAUAGCCGCUCUAGAGAGAGACAGAGACCAACAGAAAGGAAGAAGACGAAUACAAGCAAGCGUUCUAGUAGAGCAACAAUGGCUGAGGCCAUAUGCUGCUUCAACAAGGACUUAUUGGUCGUAAAGGCACCUAAGAAAUCUCCAUUGGCAUUGAGAAUGGUGGUUUUACUCUUUGCCAUCGCUUUUGGGGUUUACAUUUGCCUACUUUGCUUCAAGCAAACAAGCACCGCCAGUAGGAUCAAAUUCCUAAAUUUCCAAGUGAUUGAGCAGAGUCCUUGCCCUCCUCCUGAAAUUGAAGAGUGGGAAAUUCUCUAUGUGCAUUUCCCGAAACCCAAGACCUUUAGCAGAGAGGAGUGUGGCUGCAAUCCCGUGCGAUUCUUUGUAAUCUUGUCAAUGCAGAGAUCUGGGAGUGGAUGGUUUGAGACAUUGUUGAACAGUCAUAUGAAUGUGAGCUCCAAUGGAGAAAUCUUUUCUGUUAAAGAAAGGAGAAGUAAUAUUUCAAUGAUUAUAAAGACGCUGGAUAAAGUCUAUGAUCUCGACUUCUUCACGAGUGCCUCAAAAAAUGAGUGCUCUGCAGCUAUAGGGUUCAAAUGGAUGCUCAAUCAGGGAUUGAUGCGGCAUCACAGAGAGAUAGUAGAGUACUUUAACAAAAGGGGUGUCUCGGCAGUAUUUCUCUUCCGAAGAAACCUCCUUCGAAGAAUGGUUUCUGUACUUGCCAAUUCCUAUGACAGCUCUGCUAAGCUGUUGAAUGGAACCCACAAGUCUCAUGUACAUUCAUCCCAGGAGGCUCAAAUUCUUGCAAAAUAUAAGCCUAAACUCAAUGCCACAUUAGUCGUGCCUAAUCUGAAAGAAACAGAGGAGAUGACUGCCAAGGCUUUGGAAUACUUCAGGAGCACUCGCCACAUUGUUCUUUACUACGAGGAAAUAAUCAGCAAUCGCACUAAAUUAGUUGACGUUCAGGAGUUCUUGCGGUUGCCAUACAGAGAUCUGACAAGCCAUCAGGUUAAGAUACACAGAGGGCCAUUGUCGAAGCAAAUCGAGAACUGGGAUGAUGUCGCAAAGGUGCUCAAUGGAACAUCAUACGAGUGGUUCCUCCACGCAGACUACCAGUGGUAGUAUGAGCAGCAGCAGCCUGCAGGUUGUUCAAUGUAAAUAACAGCCAUCUGGAGAAUCGGGUUUUGAUUGAUUCAUUGAUUGAUACCAAAGUGAAUAAGAUUCUGGCAUGGAGAAUCGAGUUUUGCGACAGCCGGAAAAGGACCCACCCUGUGCUGCCACAAUUUUUCUUUCUUUUGUUGCUUUUCUUUUGUCAUGUUAUUCAGUUACCAUCCCCAUUUUCCUGUCACAUGCUUGCCUCUGCCAGACUAGGAGAAGAUGAUCGGAUUUCUCCACCAUGUCCUUCAAUAUUUGCAGAUGGUUAAUUCUCAGGCCAAACAAGUUCCGAACUUGAGAAAUAGAUUGCUUGAUGAAUUUUGUACACCAACUGUUUGUAGAUUUGUUUUGGAUGAGAAGUCUUGUCUUCUGGUAACAUAUACACCUGCUCAAAGUCAUAAUUUAUAACUUUUAAG